GAACUUUACAAAUCUCUAGAGGGGCUGCAUUUCAAGAAGUCUUUGAGAGAAACUCGAGAGAAUCAAUAUCAUGGAAGUUUUCUGAGUAUGUGGUAAAUUAAGGGAGCUGAAAAUACCUCAGAAUAACACCUGUGAGAGUAUACAACUUGAGGAUGAAAAUGAGGCCUAUUUGUAGCUGAUUUCCUGGUGCAAAUUGGUGUUUAGAGAGGUCCAAACCUACUGUGAGUAUUCUAAGAACUGAAGUUGAGCUUAAGCAAAUGUAUUUUGCUACUUUACAACUAUUCUAAGUGACCACAAGCACAUAUUACCACUACAGUAAGUUUCAGUAUCUCAAAACUGCUAUAUUUAAUUUUCUGGUGCAAAUAUCUGCUGAUAUGAAGUGUGAAUAUGGGUAUCUAUUUGAGAAGUGUAUUUAUAACACCUGAGCAUGAUUGAAAUAUGUAAUUAAAGCUGCUCAAAUUGAUAUCUGUAAAGAGAACCAUCUUAGCAGCUUUGUUGUUCUUAAAUACUACUUGAGCUAGAGUAUUAAAAGUUGAGUUAAUUAAAAUCACUGAGAGUGAUAUAACAUAUUACUUCUAUCUAGAUUAUCCAUUAAACAUGAUUAGUAUAUUGAAACAAUGCUGGGGACCUAAGUUUCGAAUUGCUAUAUGCUGAAAUUUCAGUUUUGCCCUUCAGAACAAUGAUAGUUGUGUUUCUGCAGAAAAUAGCCUGAUGUGAGAGCUGUAACUACAAUAUACUUAUUUGAUUGCUAUGUUAUUCAUCUGAGCACAUGUAAUUUGAUUAUAUAAGACUGUUUGCAUUGUGAGCUGGUAUGUUUGGCUGUGAAAUUACAGUCUUGUCCCUUAGAGCAAAAUCACAUCAGAGUUUUGUCUUGAAGAACUCCUUGAACUGAAAUUAAGUGUUAUCUGGCUAUAUAUUGAGUAUUACUGAUCUGAGCAAGUUCUAUAUGUUGAGUAAAUGUUGCUGAAAGCUACAGUGAGCCUAAGUUGAUGCUGCAUUGCACUUUGACCCACCAAACCUAACAUCUGCAGAAUUCUACAAGAAAGAAUUUGAAGCUUCAGUUUAAGUACUUGAACUGUGAACCUCUUGUGAGCUGAGAUCUGUUUAUAUUGUUGUGGUCAGUGUGUUGAUUAACUGAGCUAGUGUCUAUUGAGUUAAUUAAGGCUGUGAAAUUAGAGAAAGGGUGAAUACUGAAGCUACAUUAUACAUUUAUUGAUCUGCCAUUGAAAUCUAUUAUGAAGCCUAUUGUGGAUUGUUUACUUCUCUUCUUGGUGUGUUGAUUGAAUUUAUCAUUCAAGCAAGUUUAUAUUGAAGUUUAAAAACCGUGAAAGCAUUGAAAAGGGCUGAGGUGAAUCUGCACUGUGAUAUGACCUUUCAACCCUUGAUUUUAGGGUUUAAGCCUAUUGGGAGCUAUCAUUGUGUUACCUUGCUUAUCUAAUUGAGUAGAUCACUCAAGCAAGCGUAUUUGGCUGAGACAAGGCUGGGGGAACCUAGUUUGAUCAUCAUGUGAAGUUGCAUUGGGUUUUUGACAGAUCUAUCCCUCUUGUUGCAGAGAAGUUAAAACUAGUGUUUCAUUGUGUUCUACACUUAAGGCUGUAUAUUACAUUCUUACAUUGUGUUGCAGCUUAAGUGCAUUGUACUUAGUGUAUUGACACUUCAUUGUAAAUGGUAGUGGGGCUUUGAUACCUCACCCCAUUGUUGAUUAAGCUAAUGAGAGCUUUUGGGUCCAAGCAAGGUUGCUUAGGACAGGGGGAGUGCUUGUGAGCAUAUUGGUGAGCUAGUGUGUGUGUAUUGGUUGUGAAAACUAGUGUCUAUUCUUGUACAAGGGUGUGUGCAGAGAGUGAGACAGCUGAGUGUUUAACAAGAUACAUACAGCUAGUGGAUGAUUUAUUGGCUGAGGCCAAGAACCAAGGUUUUUUCCUAUUGAGUGGGUUUCCUUGUAUAUCUUGUGUCAUGUGCUUGAUUUGUGUUGAUUGGUUUUGUUGACCAAGAAAAGAAAGUUUAAAUAGACCAAUUCACCCCCCCUUUUAGUCUAACAAGUCUGCAUUGAUUUCAUAAACUUAAAUAAGGCUUAUCUGAAAGACAGUUUCCCCUUUUAAAAAUUGACCAAAUGGUAGACGCAACCACUGGGUACGAGCGUUUAACCUUCCUGGAUGCAUAUUCAGGCUACAAUCAAAUACCCAUGCACCCAGAUGAUAAAAAGAAGAAAUCUUUCAUAACAGUUUGAGGAACCUAUUACUACAAAGUAACGCGCUUAGUAGAAGAUACCUAAGGUGCUAACCUUGGACUCCCUUGAGCCACACAUUAUACAUACGGGAUAAAAGAAAACCGAGAUCAUACUUGGGGAUUUUAUAGCAUUUAAUUCACAAAAUCAAUUUUCAACAAUAAUAUUUAAGAAUUUCAACACAAGUAUGCAUAGAAUGCAAUGUAAUGCCCCAUAUUUCCCAACUUUGGUCUCAACCGACCCUUACUUGGCCUCUAUUGGUCCUAAACUUGGUCUUUACCAACCUACAACUCACAUUUGAAAACCGCUAACUGACUUUACCGAAGCGAGAUUGAUUUACUAUCCUUGGUUCUAAAUCCAACAACCAUUUGGGGCCUAGAAAUCUACUUUUCAUGUCCUAAAUCGGCAAACACUCCCUCUAGGUCGGAUUAGCACCAGACUUUUGAAAUUCGGUUCUUUUUUUAUAAAAUCUUUUCAAAACCCAUUUUCUUAAUCAAAUUCCCCAACCAUGCUAUGCAUGUAACUAUGGCACGAACGUAACAUUUUCUAGAAUUCAAAUCUAUUCACAACAUACCCAUCAAUUUGAUCAUAAGCAUAGCAUUUUCAUUUAAAUAGAGCACAACAUGUCACUUUGUUGUAACCACUUACAAGAAUGCUCAUCAUAAAAUCUCAUGUCAUCACAAAUCAUGCUACAAUUUAUAUAUUAAGCAACUUUGCGCCAAAAUCAUGCAAUACACAUACUUAUCAUGAAAUUAAACACAUAUUUGUUCGCAUACUAGCAUGUUUCCACACUUUAACAAAUUCCUAUUAAAAAAUUAAUAAUUGAGAAAACAGAGACAAUAUCAACAAAGCCCAAGGGAUUUGAUUUUUUUUUUUCACAAAAUUAUACUCCUAAAUGGGAGUUGACUUUGGCGGGUCCCCAUGAUUUGAAUGACUGGAUUUUCUGAUCACAAAUACGUAACAUUUCAUAUACUCCAUAUUAUUAUUAUUUUUUAUUGUUGGCAUUUUUUAUUUUUUUUCAUUUUUUUUCCCACAAGAUUAUAAAUAUGUAAAAAGUUUUGAGUAUGACUACAUUGACUAGUCAAUAUUUGAAUACUACACACAUGACCGUUAUUCGGUUAAAUUACACUUUGAAAUCGCUUAAAAGAAACGCGGCUGCUAACGGGAAAAGCUAAAAUAUCAGAGAGCCCAAGGAAACAGAAGAACCCUGUUCUCUUGCUUGUUUAAAACCCUAAGAUUGAUUGUCGGUCUUUUUUCUGUCCUCCAAAGCCUUGCUGGAUUUUUAUUUUCUCCAAACCCUAAUCCUAAUUCAAGGUCUGUUACAUUCUCUCUCCAUAUAUACGGAGUAUUAUAUUAUAUAGUCGUGUAUAAACCCUAAUUUCAAGAAGCAUUUGAAAAUUGGUGAAAUAGAAGAGGUAAAAGAUGAAGAGAAAGCAAGAACUUGAGCUUCAAUACAAGGUUGAACAGAAGAGUGCGUGUAAAUUUGGAGAUGGAGUGGCAUGGUUAAGAGGGGCGAUGAUAGGGAAAGGAAGUUACGGGUCAGUUUAUUUCGCGGAUUCCAAGAAACCGAGAUUGCGAUAUAGCUAUUUGCCUUCAGUUAUUGCUGUGAAAUCUGCUGAGGUCUCUAUUUCAGGUUCAAUCCAGAAGGAGAGAGAGGUUUUGAGUAACAUCCAAUGGUGCCCUUAUAUUAUUCGAUGUUUUGGGGAUGAGAUCACGACCAGUGAAAAUGGUGAGAUGGUGUAUAAUUUGUUGUUGGAGUAUGGUCCUGGAGGAACCCUAGCUGGUUUGAUUAAGAAAUCAAGCGGUUGUGGGUUGCCUGAAUCCGAUGUUAGGUGCUAUACGAGGUCAAUUCUUCGAGGGCUUAAUCACAUUCAUGAGAGUCGUUAUGUUCACUGUGAUAUGAAGCCUGAGAACAUAAUACUUCUGCCUAUUACUACAGGUGCUGUUACCAAAUUUAAGGCCAAGAUUGGUGAUUUUGGGUUGGCGAAGAGGGUGGAAAAGAACGAUCCUUAUUUGAGAGGCACUCCUCUAUAUUUGUCGCCCGAAGCUGUGGUUGAUAACAUACGAGAGCCUCCCUCUGAUGUUUGGGCUCUUGGCUGUAUUGUGCUUGAGAUGCUAACAGGGAAGCCGCCUUGGGAUACGAAAGAAGAUCAGGAUGCCGAGAGCCUUCUACGUCAGAUUGGUAAAGGGUGUACAUUGCCUACAAUUCCAAGCAAGAUAUCAAAAGAGGGGAGGGAUUUCUUGAAGUGUUGUUUUGUGAGGACGGCCAAGUUUAGAUUGACAGCUGAAAUGCUACUGAACCACCCAUAUAUAGAAGGAUUAGUUGAUGAUGAUGGAGAAGUUGAACAAGAGGACGAAGUCUUUAAUGCGGACCUGUCAUUUACGUUCUCUGAUAAUGAUGAUGAGUUCAGUUCUUACGGCUUCUCGGAUGAUUGUAGCUUCAUAUCUGAAGGAGACUCCUUCUAUUCUUCGUCAGAAGAAGAUGUAGAGGAGAUGGAUAAUGAAGUGGUUUCUAGUUUUGCUGAAGAAGAAGCAUCAGAAGUUCAAGAAAGGGUGGACAUUACAAAGUCUAGCAAUGCUCCUGAACUCGACCAGGUUUCAUCAAUCAAAAUGCAGCAGUGUCCAAUUGCUUUUGCCAUUCCUGCUGGACUAUAGCACUUACUGUGUCAGUACAUUUAGUCAUUCUUAAAAAGUGUAUUUAGAGGUCAUUUUACAAAGAGCUUUCUUACUGUACACAUUACAUUACGUCUUCACGUGUCAUAUUUGUUAAAAGUCCAGGAAUUAUUAUUCUUUUCAAUAGAUAAUAAACCCAGCAUUUUAGUA